AGACACUCCUAUGAUUACCACAAAAACUCCUGUGACAACCACAACACCUCCUGCGACAACCAAAACUCCUGUAUCUCCAACCACUACCCUGACAUCCAUACAAAAACCUGAAUGUGAUGGUCAAGAAACAAAGAUAGUGGGUUGCAGAUACAUUCAUUGUGAAAAUGAAAAAUUGAGAGUUGGGGAAUAUGCUCUCACCAAAGAAUGUUGUACUAAAGCAUGGCUGCCAAAGUGCUCUUCUAUCAUGGACACACAAAUGACACCAAUAUCUGCCUCUAGUUUGCCAACUACUGUAACAACUGCAACAAUUGUGACAACCACCCCAACACCUGUGACAACCCCAACUGAAAAAACCCCAACAACUCCUGUGACAACCCCCACAAUGCCUGUGACAACCUCAUCAACUAUGACAGCCACAACUCCUACCACAACAACAAUGACAACCCCUACAACUCCUGUGACAACUCUUACCGAGACAACAACUCAUGUGACAACUACAUCAACUCCUGUGACAACCUCAUCAGCUGUGGCAUCCACAACUCCUGUGACAAGUUCAUCAUCUGUGGCAACCACAACAACUCCUGUGACAACUACAUCAACUCCUGUGACAACCUCAUCAACUGUGGCAUCCACAACUCCUGUGACAAGUUCAUCAUCUGUGGCAGCCACAACUCCUGUGACAACUACAUCAACUCCUGUGACAACCUCAUCAACUGUGGCAUCCACAACUCCAGUGACAAGUUCAUCAUCUGUGGCAACCACAACAACUCCUGUGACAACUACAUCAACUCCUGUGACAACCUCAUCAACUGUGGCAUCCACAACUCCAGUGACAAGUUCAUCAUCUGUGGCAACCACAACAACUCCUGUGACAACUACAUCAACUCCUGUGACAACCUCAUCAACUGUGGCAUCCACAACUCCAGUGACAAGUUCAUCAUCUGUGGCAACCACAACAACUCCUGUGACAACUACAUCAACUCCUGUGACAACCUCAUCAACUGUGGCAUCCACAACUCCAGUGACAAGUUCAUCAUCUGUGGCAACCACAACAACUCCAAUGCCUACAACAUCCUCUGAAAUAAUUGAUGGAAGAGAAGCAAAA